AUGUCGGGCCCUCCCAAGAGGAUCCACCUGAAGGACGAUGCACAGCCCUUCGCCAUCCACAUGCCCAGGUUGAUUCCUUUAGCUUUCCAGGAGGCUGUGAAGACAGAGCUCACAUCUAUGGUGGCUCAGGGAGUUAUUGCUCCAGUUGACGAUGACCCGUCACCCUGGUGCCACCCCAUGGUGGCAGUAGCCAAACCCAACGGAGGAGUACAGAUCACAACUGAUCUAUGGAAACUUAAUAGACAAGUGUCCCACCCUACACAUCCCUCACCUACGCCAUUUGCAGCAAUCCGAAGUGUGGACCCUAAAGCCAGAUACUUCUCAACAAUAGAUGCCCUGUGUGGGUACUGGCAAAUCCCAUUAGCAGAGGACCAACAUCUGACUACUUUCAUUAUUCCACAGAGAAGAUACUGCUACCUCCGUGACCCCAUGGCUUUUGCAGCCAUGCCUUUUGCCUUCGUGGCGAUAGGGCCCUGCAGGGAGUGA